CACUCAUCCCCUAACACAGUCAGUGCUUUAUGUGAAGAAGUACCAGCUGGUGCCACGGUCCCUUCUAGUCCUCCAUACUUAUUUGUCUUCAUCACAUAUUGGGACAUGGAAAGGAAAUAUAAACUAAAAUCCCUGAACACGGCCGUCAGCUGCAUUCUAGCGUUUCUUCUUCAUAAAUUCUGCCUUGCUGAAAAAAUUUGUUCAGUUCCCUCAGAGCCUGUGAUUAUUAAAGAGAACAACACAAUCGAUGCCGUUGUUGUCCGUAUUAACACAACAACAAAGAACGUCACUCUGACUCUCACCGAGAAUCCAGACAAUGCUUUUGACCUGAGGGGCUUGGAUCUGAUCCUGAAAAAACGCCUGGAUUUUGAAACUCUGUUAAAUCCUGAGGAGCUCACGGUUCAAAUCCGCUGUAAUAAAACAGGAUCCAAAAGUAUUACUUUGACGGUGCUUGUUCAAGUCAAAAACAUUAAUGACAACCCUCCUUUGUUUGCCCAGAGUAAAUACACUCUAGAUGUUAAUGAGCUUACACCUGUUAACACCAGCGUGGCCCAGAUCGAAGCAAAAGAUGAUGAUUCAGGAGUUUUAUAUUACGCCUUGGAACCAGCUCUGAACCCAUAUUUCAGACUGGAAAAUAUGUACAAACCAAAUAUUCUCGUCAACAAGACCUUGGAUUACGAAGUCGUCCAGCAGGUGACACUGACCUUAUAUGUGCAGGAUACUCCACCAUUGUCACCGCCAGGCCAAAUCACCUACACAGCCACCACGACGAUUGUAAUCAACAUAAAAGACAUUGACAACCGUCCACCCUGGUUCCAGCCAUGCACGAGAAUAACUAUUGGUACUGCCAAAAUAUGCCUGAGUGUUGGGUAUAAGGGUAGAGUCACCUUAACAGAAAAACAGGAAGGACCGCUGCAGUUACAACCUGGGCCGAUUUAUGCAAGAGAUGGAGACAAAAGCAGGAAUGAAGAGAUUAGCUAUAAAAUUGUUAGAGGAAAUGAAGACAACAUAUUUCAAAUAGAUGAGAGCACAGGAAACAUAACCAUGCUAAAGCCAGCAGAUAUUGCAGGCCCAGUAUUUCUCACAGUUUUGGCUUCCCAGGUGUCAAACCGUGACCAGUACGCUGCCACUUCAGUCAACAUCGAAGUGAUGAAAAAGAGCAGGAACCCACCAAAAUUCGAGCGAGAGCGAUAUGAGGCGUAUGUAUACAGCAACUCAGGCCCUGAGAACAUGGUGCUCAAGGACAGGACUUCUAAUAAACCCUUCAGAGUCAGAGCCAGGGAUGAUGACUUUGCCAGUGGAAUAAAUCCCGACAUAAGAUAUGAAGUACAGUACAGCAGUUAUGUCAACGUAACCACAGACGGAUUUGUGCUUCUGAAGAAACCUGUGCGGACCGAAUCUUUUGCUUUACAAGUUCGGGCUGUUGAUGUGUCAACUGGUGAGUCGGGGACGGCGGCUCUCUCUGUGAUCGUCCUACCACCCGUAGGUGUCCAGUCGCCCUCAGAGGGAUACCGUGCUGGAGAUAUGGCCUUGCUGGGCUUCGUAAUGGCCGCCUUGCUGGUUCUCUGCCUCAUCGUGAUUGGCUAUCUCAUCUCACGUCUGAAGAAAAGGAACCCAGACACUCUCAAGUUAUCAGAGGUCAGCAUCUUCUCAUCAUCGCUCUGUCCAUGCUUGCAGCAAACUCAGCCCACUGACGGGUUAAGACCAAGAGACAGCAUGCAGUUCACCAAUGAUGGCUUCAUGAACGAAGCAGACAUGGGAAGGUUGGCGAUGAGGAGACCAGAAAAGAGAGACAGGAAGCAGGAAUUGGUGUCGAAAUGGAGAGUGAGAGUGACACCGCGUGAGAGGCAAGGACGCUGCGAUUCCUGUGGCAUGCGUAUCCACUCGAACCAUGUGCACCGUAGCAGCCCAGCUCUCCACCCCAAAGCCCAAGGAUCUAAAGAUGAAGUCAGAUCCAUUCUAGCUAAAGAGAGAAGGAAGGACGGACAGAAGACGGUGUGGUUUAAAGAGAGCGAGGAUUCCUCAGAUAUCGAAGUGGAGAUCAUUCCUGAUGACAUAGGGCUUAAACAAAAAGAGGAAGAGGAUGUCAAAUCAUCUUCUCUUGCUCUAAAUGCCAGCGAUAUGGAACUGAGUGAGCUGACUAUGAUGAACAUCCAGGACUUUGACAAGCAGAAGGAAAACGGUUCUGACCACCGAGAGUCAGCAGAACCAAACAAAACAGGCCAGUGAGUGCUACCGGGGCUUGAAAUCAGUGAACCACAUCCUUAUAAGACUUAAAUCAGUCUUUCCUGAGCUGAUAUCAGAAUGUUUCCAUGAUUUGGGUGCCAUUGAUUUCCCAGUGAUAUUACAUUUACAAAUUUGAUAAAUAACCUUUAUAAAAGCUUUAAAAAAUGUUUUAAUAUGUCCUAGCCAACACUUUUUUUUAUUUAUUUGUGAAUCCAUUUAAUGUCUUAUGUCUGACAAAUCAGCAAAUUUUAGUUUCUUUACACUUCAGUUACAUUCUGAACAUCUUCCCUCCAUUUAAAUAUAUUUGGAAUUUUUCAGGUCACAUCUUUCAGUUGGGUAAAUACAAAUUUCCUGGGGACGAUGGAAAGAAGUGAAGUACAUUCUCUCGCUCUUUUUGCUUUAUUUCCAAUUAUAUUGUGAUACUGCCACGAUAUUGAAAGUCACUUUGAGAGCACAACAUAAAUUAUUAAACAUUAUGUUAUAAUAUUAUACUAAUUAUAUUUUGAGAACCUGCUAAUUCUAUGCUACAAGAAAAUUCAACCCUGUCAAUUGUUUAAGAGCAAAAUGAGCCAUUGACAGUCAAGAAAUCUUGAAGUUGAUGUGAGAUCAGUUUUUAGUUUAAAUUUUUUUGAUAUUCAUUGUUGAAAAAUGACAAAAAAAAUAAAACCCACAUGGCACCACAAUCAUGGAAUCACCAAAAACUCAAGCAAUGCUUAAUUAUGAUGAGGUGCAUUGCCUUACAAACCCAAUUCACUGGUGUCCUUACAUGGUAGGGUACUGAAAAUCUUUUAUCUGUGAUAAAUAUGCUGAAAAAAAAAUGACCAUAAUUUACAUCUUGACUAUGUAUAUUUUUUAAAUCAGAGACUAAUGUGAACAACAAAAAUCAACAUUUCUAUUUUGGAUCAUAUUAUAACUGCACUAAACAUAACAUUUGCACUAAGGACUAAUUAUGAAUAAUUAUCCAGUAACUUAAUGCUUGGUGUUUUUUUUCUGUCCAGUCAGAAUAAUUUGUUCAUUGCUGUGAAUAACAUUUUGUAUACACGAAUACAGAUAAAGACUCUAAGAAUAUUUUAUAUAAAUGUGAAUCUGUUAUCUUGGAAGUGCAAAAAUGAAAAAUUAAAAAGAAGAGAAUGUGUUGUA